CUUUUAGAGGCAGUAUUUAUUCCAACAAACCGAGGAAUUCUUCUCAUGGUCAACCGCUACACGUACAGCAUGAUGGGAAAAGGGAAUUACUAUUGUUCUAAAAAGGAUACCAAGAAAUGUAAAUCGAAAGUGAAACUGGAUGCUAAUGAGGCCGUAUUUAUUCCUACAAAACGAGGAAAUCUUCUCAUGGUCAACCGAUACACGUACAGCAUGAUGGGAAAAGGGAAUUACUAUUGCUCGAAGAAGCAGACACUCAAAUGUAAGGCGAAGGUUAAAUUGGAUGAGAACAAUUGCAUCAUCGAUUUACAGGAGACUCAUACGCAUCAUCCUCCCAAUAUGCACCGGACGAAGGAGGGGAUUUAUAUAUCCAUUUAGUUAAGCUUUAAGCCUAGUAGAGAGCUUAGCACACCAGAGACAGCAACGGAGUUGAUAGCAGUCGCUGUGGCCGAAUCGGCGUUGGAGUUAUUAUUAUAAGCCUAGUAGUGUUAUAAGUAAUUUUAUCAAUAUGCUGCUAGUUUCAGUGGUUACUUGGAUAAUGUUUUUACUCUGUAGAUGAUUUUUUUAAAUGUUAUUUAUUAUGAAUUGUUAAUUAAUUUUGCUAAUCUUAUAGUUCUUAUACUGACUGAAUUUUAAUUGUAAUAUUUAAUUUUACUCCUCAUGUACAUAGCUAUGUAAAUAUUUCUACGCCGAUGGAUGCAUGCCGGCAGAAUAUGCUGACCUAACACCUUUUACUAACCAACAUUGUAUGUACCAUAUUCUUGGAAAUAAAGUAUUGAAUUGAAUUGAA